AUGAAUACAUCGAUUUUAUAUCACUUAUUUCUUCCUCAUUAUCUACCAUCAUGUACUGAGGAUGAUUUUUUACUUGAAUUGGAUCAUCAACAUGAAUACACCUUGUUAGAGUGUAUGAAAAAAUAUUUGGAUACCUUACAGCCGAAUAAUGGUGCUAAUAAAUUGCCCAUGCUCGAAAUGCUUACUGAUUGUGUUAAGCGUUGGUGUAUCUUGCAGAAUCCUCGAAAAUUUACCAAAUCGAAUUUACAGUCAAGCAUUGAAAAGCUACCACCAGGAAAUUUUCUUCCGCUAUAUUUCUAUGCGCAAAACGCUGCGAUUCUAAUUGAAAUCGAAGAUAACAAUAUUGAUCAACCAUUAGUGUCAUCUUGGCAAGUCUUAUUACCAUUUGAACAAAUGACUUCUUCUUUUGUUCCUCAUUUUUCUUGUUUUCCAGUAACAAAGUAUAGAUUGCGCAAUCGAUCUCAAUUGAGCUCCGAAGUUCAUUAUGAAUUGCUGGAAGAUUUUAUGCACAACACCAUUGAAUAUUUCAAAUCUUCUAAAGGUUCUCAACAAUUCGAUAAUGUACGUGAUGUACCAAAAUCCCAUUAUAUAUGUCAAUGGUGGAUUCAACAGUUUGAAGGAGUCGAAGUCGAAAACAACUAUAAUAUGGGAACUAAAUUCAAGAAAAAACAUCGUGAUCAUAUCAGACACAGUGAUACCAAACUACCGUUUCGGCGCUCAGGUUUAUGGAUGACGAUUAAAGUAGUCUUUCAAAUCAUUCUCAGCAAGCAUUUGGGAGAUGUGGGUAUCGUUGUUUAUAAACUAUUGAUCACUCACUUUCUUACAUAUAUUAUUUUCAACACAUAUUUAACAAUAUCCAUUGAUCUAUUAGUUCAUUGCAUUCGAAAAAUCGUGCGAAGAUUGAACAAAAUCGAGCAUUUGUUAUCAUCUAUAAAUACAAAUGGUUUAGAUACAUGGCUUGAUUAUACAAAACAAGAAAUACACAAGAAAAUCAAUCAAAUUCUUCCAAAACUACAUUGGCAAAACAACGUUCAAGCCGAUGAAAAGAAAAAGCACCUAAAGUUGGAAACCAACUUUGAAUUACAUGAUUCUAAUAUUUAUCAACAUUUGUGCCAAAAAUUAAAAGUUUACCUAAAUUAUCAAACCGUGAAUAAAACAUCUCAAUAUUUUCCGGAUAUUUACACUAAUGAUUAUUGCAUUCACGUUAAUCAAGACGAUUAUAUACCAUCGAUGAGAGAAUUCCUCGAAAAAUUCAGUUACACGACUGGAAUAGCAUUAACUCGUAUAGAAAUUUGGGUUGAAUCAUGUUUAAAGCAAUGGAUUAAUCGUCCAACAACAAUAUCUCAAUAUGAGAGAAAUCGUUUUGAAGCUUUAUUGGUAUUAUUCGAAGAAUAUCAAAAUGCAGCAUUAGGUUAUUAUUGGUCAGAAAAAGGCCCCAGAGAUCCUAUGGGUUAUACUCGAUUUAUUUUAACUUCAUUGACAAUUAUUCGUUCAAUGCAUCAAAAAUUAUGUGAUGAUCCAAGAUUUACACGACUAAAACAACACUCUAUUAAUAUUCCAAAUCUUAUGAAUCUCUUUGAAUUUUUGGUCUUACCAAACCGCGGAGAUAUGAUUCGAGCUCGUGAUCUCUGGAAAUAUUUUAGUGAAUUUCAUGAUAACACAUAUCCUGAUCUAUUAUCAAAUAUAAGCCAUGUUGAUGCAUUUGGUGUAUAUUAUGCCUCUCAGUCAUCAGUGAUGAAUGAAAAUAUACAGAAAAUUAGAGAUCAGGCUGAAUUGGAUAAACAACAGAAAACACAGGAAGUCAAAAAAGCGAAACAAAACUAUGAAUGCUUGAUGGAUGAAGCAAGAUAUCGUGAUUGCAGAUGUUAUGAAAUACGUUAUGGUUACUGCAAAAGAUGUACACUUCAGCAAGAAGCUAACCGUAUUACAGUUGAAGUUUACGAAUGCCCGUUACCGUGCGAGCGUGAAGAAUCAUUCGCCGUUAUUUUCGAAUUGCAGAUGCCUAUUGAAAUUCGAAGCUAUCGUGAUAUCCUGUGGCAAUUUGUGAAUCGACCCAAUCCCGUUCCAAAGUCUUCUAUGUAUGAAUGGUUGAGAGCUCCACCUCAUGCCAAAAGAUUAGGACUAUUUAAUACCGGCCCUGAUAACUGCAAAGUGAAGUUAGUUUCCUCCACAAACACUCGAUAUUUCCAUAAAUCGGUAGUUAAAUCUAUUGGUGAGUUUUUUUGCGAAAAUAGUUUAAAUGUUCAAAUCUCACCAACAAAAAACAUUAAAUUCGAUGACGAAUGUAGUAUAUUAACGCCCCAACUUGAUCAUCCUGACUACAAACAGUUACAGUUUUCAAUGGAAACUACUCAAUUUAUGCAAAAUCGUGCCGUUGCUGAGCUAUCUAAAUGUCCAGAACGAAUGAAGCCCACUCAAUUUGUCGAAUUCGGUUCCUUUCGAUCAGGUCAUCGCCUGCAAUGGUGGAACCUUUUAGUAGUACUUGAAAUGGAUUCUUUGCCAAUUGCCGAAGAAAGCGUCGCAAUACUGAUAAUGCAUUCAAUUUUGCAAUAUGGACCUGUAGCAGUGGAUCGCAACAUUAUCGACAACUCUUGGUGUCCGGAAGCUCACGAACAAUUAUUGGACGAUCAUUUUAUCGAUGAAUUGAUUUCGAGAUUAGAUCGUCGUUUAGAUGACUGUGAGUUAAAUUGGCAAAAUGAAUUAGUUUUAGUAAUUAUUACGAUGAUUACUAUGAGAAUGUUAACUAUUUGUAAUUCAAGCAAACAAAAUAAAAUUGUUGAUUUAGCAAUAAAAUGUCGCAGAAUCGGUGAAAACUGGAUUGAUCUCAUUUCAAAAAGCAUUCAAACUGUAUCAUGUUCAGCCUUUAAUGAAAUAGAAAAACUCCGCCGGAAAAUUGUCAUUGUUGGAAUUUCAUGCAUUUUAACAUUUUCAAUUCAUUCCGAUCGAAUAGACUGUUUACUAUCAUCAAAUGAACACAUGUUAUCUCUACUGAAAGCGGCAACUACUAUUCACGACAAUAUUAUCUUGAACAAGAAUGCAUCUAAUAUGAGUAUAUUUGUGAGAAAUAUUAUGAGAUAUAGCGAACGCAUUUUAGUAAUGGUACAGCCAACAGUUGCUGAAUUUCUACAAAAAACUUCCUAUGAAAGUUUAAAUGAUUUUGCUGCCAUUUAUUGGGCUGUGAUUAGAACUAAAGGUGCUAUGAAAAGUAAAUGGAAAAAACGAACACUAGACUCCUAUGAUGGUUGGUACGAUUGCCAAUAUGAAUCAAGACACAUAUCAAUAGAUUGUAUCAGAGGAACAUUUUUAGUCGAUAACAUGGCUAUAGGUUUUUUACCUGAAAAAAUAACAACUGAUCCAUUAUUUGUGCGCGUAUUCGACAAUUAUAUUUUUGAAGUUCAAUCAGGUGAAUCUCCUCAAACUUAUAUCACCAAAUAUGCGUAUCACGAUGAUGGAAAAGUUCAUUAUGAAUUUUAUUUCAAUGAUAUAAAUAAAAGUUUGAUAAUUACUGAACGACAUAUUGAGGCGAACGAGAUUUUUCAAUUGAUCCCUCACGAUUGUUUCCUGGAUGAACUACCUGAUACUUUUGUCUCCAAGCACAGUCAUUGGAUGGACAUGAAAAAUGAAAAAAUGGAAUUUCGUCCUAUUCGUUUUCAAGAAACUGAUUUUUUAAAUAAUAAACCAUACAUAUUAUCAAUAAACACAGGGUAUAUCACUACUACUGUAGAUAAUGAUAAACAGACAUUAGUCAAUCAAUCAACAACAUUAUUUCAAAAUUUAUUUAGCCGAUACUUUACUCGUCUCGAUGACCAGCCAUAUAUUUAUAUGAUGGGCAAUGAUCUAUAUGAAGCUGAUAUAAUCAUUCAUAUCCAUGCAUCUCGUUUAGGUAUCGCUUUUGAAUAUAAUGCUACUACCAACAUAAUCAAAUCUCGUGAAUAUUCAGAUAUGUGUAUUGAUGAAGAUCAAUGGUUGGGAACAUUAACCAGUUUGACAUCUGGUCUUCUUCUAUCACCAUUGCCUGUCAAUAGGCAAAAGCUGGAUCAUUAUCCAUAUAAAAAAUUAAUUGUACCUUUCGGAAAAGUACACGCUAGAGAAAAUCCCGACAAUGGUCAUCAAAUUUCUACCAUAUAUCGAUCGUCGUCACUAUCGUUUUCUCAUCAAUAUUUUGUUUUCAUUCUGAAUGAUCGAUUAAAAAUACUUCAAUCAACAGAUAGCCCUACUGGUUGGCUUUAUCUAGCAUUGUUACAUGCAGUGACUUCUCAUCCUUUACCAGAUCACUAUACUGGAAUGACUGGAAUGGAACGAGCUUUUCAAUUAUUAAAUUCAGCUGGAUGUUGGUCGGAUCAACCAUUUGAUUCAACAUCUUUAGACAUUCUAGGUCAAAUCGCAUCCGUAUCUCCCCGGGUAAAUUAUUAUCCGGCAAGUCGACCUUAUAUGGAGCAUAUAGACUGGAAUUCAUCCGGUAUACCAUAUUCGAUGCAAAAUUUUGGCUAUUAUUUGAUAGCAAAAAAGUUAAUCGAUACUAGUCAAAAAUUGAAUUUUAUGUAUCCAUCGGUGAAGACAGGUGACAUACCUGAACUAUUCAACGGAGAGAUAUAUAAUGAAGCAUUAUUAAAAAAGUUAUAUUGGGACUAUCGAGAUUCGUAUAAUCCUUCAGCUAGAUUAUCGAUCGAGAUGGAAGAUGACAUUCUACGUAUUACUUCAACAACAGCAUAUUAUCAGACUGUACACAAUUGUUCGCUUGAUACGAACUAUAAUUUUGUUUGUCUUGUCAAUGAUCUAUAUAAGGAUGGAGAUGUAGAUCUCAGAGACUGUUCAAAACAUCAUUGGUUACCGUUGUCUCAAUGGUUGCCGGAUGCAAACAAAUUGAAAGAUACUUGGAUUGGUUUAUUAAAAAUGGCUGUUAGUACUAAAACAGAAGCAACUAAAAACAAUACCGAUGACAUUAAACGAUUUGAAACUUUACUAGACUUUCUUCAUUAUAUUGCUAAAAACUGUCAAAUCAAACCAUUUUAUUUGCAAAUGCUGAAAACGUCAUUACAAAUGUCUACUGCAUCGCUAAUAAAUCUUGCAUUUCCGCCGUUUAUUUCUUAUCAGAAGAUCGAAGAAUUUAUGUUUUUAAGGGAGCGCAUCAAUCUUCGCAACAAUCUUACGUUAAGUAAAAUGAAUCAAAUUUUAGCAGAAGUUGAAGCAUGUUGGUGGGGAAAUCGAGAAUAUACAACUUCUGAUGAAUUAAUUAGUUAUUAUGAAGUAGAUCAGAUCAACGCAUUAUUGAAAUUGUGGAGAUCGAACAAAACACUUCGAUCGUUUCUAGAGGCGGUUCAAAAUCAAAUUUGUUCUGUUCAAAUAGAACAGUUCACUACUAAAGUAUCUCUCUAUCCACAACAAUUUGAACGUGAACAAACCAAAGAUCAUUAUCAAAUUCGAAUGAAACCGACGGACAAAUCAAUCGAUACAAUACUUUUAACAAAGGCGGAGCAAAAAUUUCAUCAUUUCAAUUUAGGUUAUUUUAACAAACCAACUAAACCUAGCCAAAUCACUCAACGAAAAAAUACAUUUCCACAAGAAAUCUUUCCUGGUGUCACCAAUGAAGAUAAUUCUCUGAGAGAAAUUACUGACUAUUUUAAAAAUCAAUUAUUAGAAAGUUGGAAUAAGUUUCUUUCGGAUAAUCAAAAUGAGAAAGAAGACCCGACAACUGAAGAAAUCAUCACACUUCUAGAUUCGUUUCGACAAGAAUCUCGAACCUUAUGGAAUGAAUUAUUUAACUCAAUAAUAUUAUCGAAUGAACAACUAUUUGAAGCAGGCCUCCUCCUAAGAAUCACACCAACAACUCUCAUACCUUUACUGCAAGAAAAAUAUUCAUAUCUUAAAAAUUCUUUAUGCUUAGUAUUAACUAAAGAUCAAUGUACAUUACUCGGUGGUAUUAUUGUCAAUUGGACGUUAGAACAACAAAUGGAACGAACUUUACAUUUUGCUAUUCAUGGCAAAUGGGAAGAUUUCAAAAAAGAAAUUUCGCAUACGCCACAUUCCAAUUGGAAACCAUCGAAAUAUAUUUCUUGGCUUAUCUUAGAGUUAGAAAUGAAUAUUACUAUUCGCGAAAUUCAAAUUAGAGUAGCGUAUCAUAUGAUAGAACCAAAUAUGAGAGCCAAUAAUUCAACAGUACGAAAUAUCGUCAUGCAAAUGAAUAUGGGUGAAGGGAAAACAUCAGUUAUUUUACCAAUGUUAGCUGUUCAUUUAUCUUCAUCAAAUUCGAGUUUAUCGCGUAUUAUAGUACUUAAAUCAUUGUUUCCAACAAAUUAUCAAUCACUACGAUAUAAAUUAGGUGGCUUAAUUAAUCGACGUAUUUUUCCAUUUGCAUGUCGUCGUGAUAUGAACUUCAAGGAUCAACAAGUCAAUCAGAUUUUCGAACGUUUUACACACGGGUUACGUAACUGUGACGUUAUAUUAACUUCACCAGAAGAUAUUCUUUCGUUUGAUUUACUUACUAUCGAUAAAUGUCGAAGAAAUGAAUUUGCCGCCGGCCGUUCUAUGUUAAGCAUUCAGCGAUGGUCAAGAAAAUAUGUUCGUGAUAUUUUAGAUGAAUCUGAUGAAAUUCUGCAUGUUAAGUAUCAAUUAAUUUACACUGUCGAUGGCCAACAACAGGUUGAUGGAGGCGCAGAACGUUGGAAAACGAUUGAAGCAAUUCUUGAAUUAGUCAAAAAACAUGCUGGCGACAUUUCACAAUGUUUCAGCGAACAUAUCUAUUAUAAGUCAUCUGAACGAAAAGGUGCUUUUCCACAAUUUCGUUUACAAUCACAAGAACCAUUUCCAAUGUUCUGUGAAAAAAUUGCGAACGAUUGGAUUGAUAGUAGAAAUUAUUGUUAUAAAGAUAAACCAACCAUCUUAUCAUUUAUUUUAGAGACAAAUUCAUCAAUUGAAAAUCUUGCUGGUAAAUUUCCAGCUCUUGAUAUUCAAUUGUUCCUCAUUAUUCGUGGUUUACUAUCGUCAGAGGUUUUGUUAGUAGCGUUUAAAAAACGGUAUCGAGUUAAUUAUGGCGUCAAUCCGAAUCUUUCUUGCAAUCGUUUCAUGGCUGUGCCAUUUCGAGCCAAAGAUGUUGUUGCUGAUAGAACCGAAUUUGGUCAUCCAGAUAUUGCCUUAGUAUUAACACAUCUGUCAUAUUAUUAUUCGGGCUUGAGCGAUGUACAACUUUCUGAGUGUUUCAAACGUUUAAAUGAACAAGAAACUGACCCUGCAUCGAUCUAUGAUCAAUGGCUUUUAUAUGAAGGUGAAAAUAAUGUACCACAAAAUAUCAAACAAUGGAAUGGAGUUAAUUUACAAGAUUAUCAUCAACUCACUGUGUUCCUAUUUCCUACGUUUCGACAUAAUAUGAUGGUUAUCAAUUAUUUUCUAAAUCAUUUUGUAUUUCCUCGAGAGGCAAAACAAUUUCCAUUUAAAUUAGUUGCUUCCGCUUGGGAUUUAAGUUCAUCUUCACGGUCGAAAAUUAUCACUGGAUUCAGUGGAACGAAUGAUACACAAUUAUUGCUGCCUGUUGAUAUUCGUCAAUAUGAUCUACCAGAACUUCAAAAAACAGAUGCAAUUGUUGUUAAUAAUUUAUUACAAUCCGAAAAUGAAAACUAUCAGCCUAUAUUAAUAAAUGCCACAUCAGAAAAUAUUUUAAAGCAAAUUGUCAGCUACAAAGAUACUAUAAAUGUUAUUCUAGAUGUCGGAGCAUUAUUUAUCGACGGAACCAACCGAGAAAUUGCUCUCGAAUGGCUGAAACAAUCAGAUAAAAAUAAGAUUGAUUAUGUUGUAUAUUUUGAUACAGAUUCAAUUGUUGUUUGCGAUCGGCAACGUCAUGAUUAUCCAUUUGUAACAUCUCCAGCAAGUGAACGACUGAAUCGUUGCGUAUUUUAUCUAGAUGAAAUUCAUACGCGCGGAACUGAUUUUAAAUUUCCUAGAGGAUUUAAAGCCGCUUUAACAUUAGGAAAUGGUUUGACAAAGGACCGUUUUGUUCAAGCAUGUAUGAGAAUGAGAAAAUUAGGAAAUGGUCAUUCAUUGACAUUUUGGAGUCCACAUGAAGUUCACCAACAAAUUCAAAUAUUAAAAAAAAAGUCGUUUAUUACAAACAAAGCAGAAGGUGACAAUUGUUCAGUCAACCUGAUUGAUAUUCUUCGUUGGGUCUAUGAAAAUACUCAACAAUCAACAUGGGAUGGUUUACAUCAUUGGUCUUCACAAAGUUUAAAUUUUCAAAGAAAAAUCUCUGCUUUUCAGCGUAUUGAUUGGAAUGAUCAUCAACAGAAAUUUACGAAUAUAAUAAUGGAAGAUUUGUCUAAAGAAUGUUGUGAGCCUGAGAUAAUAGAACUGAUCAGUAUGUAUGGUGCUUCGAAAAAGUUGCAAACAUUAUUCGACAUUCAUCACAAUCGAUAUGAGCAUGAUCAUCAUCAUCAUCAUUUAUCGAAGGAAAUUAAAGACGCAGUAUUAAAACGACUAACAGAUUAUGGUGGAACAAAGCAACGUUUAUCACAAUUGUUAGACGAAGAACAACAGCGAGAACUAGAACAAGAAUUAGAAGAAGAACGUCAAUUAGAACGGCCACCACCUGUCGAACCAUGUGAACCAAUACUACACGAAGAAAUAAUGCGGCUGUGUGAUAUUCGUAGUAAUACGAUGAAUUUAAGCAAGCAUUCCAAUGUAUUUUGCCGUUUACCAUAUGCCUUCACUGACACCACAUUUUUCAAUGAUUGUCAAGCUAACAGUUGGCAAGACACCGUUUGGGUUUCCACUGAGUUUCAACGUGUAAUUGCAACGAAAGGAGAAUCAUUAAAUCCUUUUUUACGUCCUCCACGAUGGAUGAUGAUCUAUCGUAACCAACACUUGAUUUUUGUCAGUGCCUUUGAAGCCAAUUGUUUGAUUGGUCGUUUAAAUGCUCUGUAUCACAAGGGAGAAUUUAAAACUGUCUCAAUGACGACAUUGCGCUUGUUAUUGCCGCGUGUUAAACGAAUUCAAUCAAUUUUUGUUAAUACACCCACUCUUACAGUCCCACCAUUAAUUGGACUUCCCGCUAAUGCCACCUAUUUUUUCAUACCAUUCGACGUGUUGGCCCAAUUAUUCAUCUUUAAUGGUAAUCUUUAUUUUGAAAAUGUUGACGAACAAACAGCCUAUUGUCAAUGUUUAAGCUUAUGUCCAAAACUUCGAACGAAAGACGAAGAGGAAGCGUUUCAAAACGGCUGGAUUGCUGUUGAUGGCUUCGUUAGUAGCGCUGAAUAUUGUCAGCUUUUAAAAAUGAACAAAGUUCGAUUCCGUUGUAAUCUAUUAAAAUUUGUGAAGGAAAUACUUGAAAAUCGAAAUAAUUCACAUGCACCUGUGACAUCACAUGUUGGUAGCAUUAUUUUUAACUCAUUUAAACUGAUUUAA